AUGUCAUCUUUUGUACCAAUUGCGACGAUACUGUGGCCCAUAAUUGCGAAAAACGUGGACGCCGUUAUGCGUAACUGGGAUUUUUUCACCGGAACUACCCGUAAUUGCGAUUUCUUUAUCGCAGUUACGCGUAGUUACGGCGCAAUUUUCCGCAAUUACGGGUCACAGUGCGAUCGCAGUUACGCCGUAACUGCGCCACAGUUUCAUCGUAAUGAAACACAUGGGCUAACAGCAAAGACUUUUCAACGAUCUGGAUUUCCAAUAUUAUUUGCCAUUGCACUUGCUUUAGAAGUUUUUGGAGUGUUUGUUGGCUGUAUUGGAUUUAUAAUAGUAAGAAACUCUCGUGAAAGCCAAAUGAGACGAGUCAUUGCUAAUGAGUCAAUGAAAUAUUCGAGAAGAUCACCAGUACCAUGUACUUGGCGAUUGAACAUCAUUAGAACGUGGCGCAGAGGACGUGGUCGUGGUGGUGGAAUUAAACACAUCGUGUAUAAAUUAAUAAUCGAACUUAGUCAAACUAAUGCAACUUAUUUGAAUCAACGUGCUCCACAAGCAACAUCCUAUUUUUCACAGCAACAUAAUAUUUAUCUUCCACUCAAUUCUACUUCAAACGCAGCAUUUUGCUCUCAAUGUGGCGCCCCUACACAAGAUUCAACAGCAAAUUUUUGUCGCUCAUGUGGUAAUGCACUCAAAAAAUAUUAA